UAUGUAACCAGGUUAGGCAAAUGGCUGCUGUUCUUCUGAGACGCCUUUUAUCCUCUGCGUUUGAUGAAGUUUACCCAACUCUUCCAUCGGAUGUUCAGACUGCCAUCAAGAGUGAGCUAGUAAUGAUUAUUCAGAUGGAAACACAGUCCAGCAUGAGGAAAAAAAUUUGUGAUAUUGCUGCAGAACUGGCCAGGAAUCUAAUAUAUGAGGAUGGCAACAACCAGUGGCCUGAAGGUUUGAAGUUUCUUUUUGAUUCAGUCAGCUCUCAAAACAUGGGAUUGCAGGAAGCUGCCCUUCACAUAUUCUGGAACUUUCCUGGAAUUUUUGGGAACCAACAGCAGCACUAUUUAGAUGUCAUCAAACGGAUGUUAGUUCAGUGUAUGCAAGAUCAGGAACAUCCAUCAAUCAGGACAUUAUCUGCUAGAGCCACAGCUGCAUUUAUACUUGCAAAUGAGCAUAACAUUGCUCUGUUCAAACAUUUUGCAGACUUGUUACCUGGAUUCUUACAGAUGUUUUUGAUCCUUGCUUGGUUCAGACUGGGUACAGGGGACCAACUGUACAUUAAAACCAGGAAAAAAAAUUUUGUGAUUCAAGUUGUAGGUUUCUGUCAUUUUUAUAAAUUUCUGGCAUUUGAUGAGAUGACCGUGUGA